AUGCUCGUGUCAGCGGCGGCGUUCGUAGCGGCGCCGGCCGGCAGCGCUUCGCGUCUCCGUCAGCGCUCGAACAGGAGCGGCGUGCAGCGCCACAGAGAGAGCACUUCCCGUGCUCCUCGUUUGGCAAGAACGCGACGCGGGCGUGCUCCACGGCUCCCGCUGUCCGCGAGUCUUCACGAGGCUGGAGCUUCGCGCGACCCGCCAAACAGCGUCGUCAGCGAACUCGGCGAGGCCGCUGGCACGGUGAACUUCCCUGAGCCGUCCGCGGUGAACCAUGUGCGCGUGCCGGGUGCGCUGGAGGCACAUCGUUUGGAGUUCAAGCCACAGACGGGUUGGCUAUGGCGGGUAUGGCUUGCAUGGAAGCUCGUGUUCGUGCGCGUCCGCCUUCGUCGCUAUACGACAAUAACCGUCGAUCUCGAGGGCCCGUUUCCCGACAGCCACGCGGCUACCUUCCCCGCCGCCAGCAGCAUCUCGCUGGAAGACUGGAAGCGAAUAUGCCGGAAUGGAGCGCAUGAUCCGCGAAUCUGCGCCAUGUACGUCAAGAUAGGUCCACUGGCAUGCGGCUACGCUCGUUUGCAGGAAGCGCGCCGCUAUCUCGACUACUUCCGACAAUCAGGCAAACCGGUGAUCGUUUACAUGGCGGUAGCUUCCGAACGAGAGUACUAUCUGGCGCUCGGCGCAGAUGAGAUCUACAUGCCUCCGGAGGGUAUCCUGUCGCUUCGGGGCAUGAAAGUCUCCGCGAGCUUUCUACGCGGCGUCCUUGACAAGAUCGGCAUUGAGCCGCAAGUGAAGCGCAUUGGCGCCUAUAAAUCAGCAGGCGAUCAGCUUGCCAGACGCACGAUGAGCGACGCCCAACGUGAAGUCCUCACAUCGCUUCUGGAGCAACAGUAUGAACAUCUGUGCAGCGAGCUGAGCACACGAGUGGGUUCAGAGCCAGACCCUGCAGCCGUCGUGCAUCGCAUCCUGGACGAUCCGCCCAUGACGGUAGCCGAAUGGAAAGCGCUCGGAUUCGUAGAUGGUAUCUCCUAUGAGAAUGAUCUUCUAGACAAGCUCAAAAUGCGGUUUGUCGGCAAAGCCUGGGGUCUAUCCGAAACCAGCGAAAAGGAGAGCAGCUCGAGCAGUGCAGACCGUCGCCUGCGACGAUUGUUGGUGCGUCCAUUGCGAGCAGUGGCCGCUAAGCGCUAUCGGCGGGUGCGUCCGUCUGUGUUAGGCCUGCCCGAAGGGCGUCGCCGAGGUGUCACGAAAAUUGGGGUGAUUCGGGCGUUGGGCGCUAUCCAAACGGGACGCAGCUCGUCGAACCCGUUAUUCAGUCCCAGCAUAGGCUCGGACACGCUUGUGGAGCAGUUGGAGCGAGCGAAAAACGAUCGAAGCCUCGCAGCUGUGAUACUUCGUGUUGAUUCGCCCGGAGGCUCCGCGCUAGCAUCGGACCUGAUCUGGAACUCCAUCCGCGAGCUGGCCAAGCGCAAGCCGGUCAUUGCGAGUAUGGGCGACGUUGCCGGUAGCGGUGGUUACUACAUCAGCAUGGGAUGCCAGGCGAUCGUGGCGGAACCUCUCACCCUAACAGGCAGCAUCGGCGUUGUAACUGCCAAACCGUCUCUGCAACAACUCUUUGAGCGCAUUGGAUUUCGUCGAGAGGUUUUGAGUAGGGGGCGCUAUGCGGAGCUCGAUGUGGAUUUUCGGCCCUUCACACCCGAAGAGGAUGCCUAUUUCACGCGGAGUACGGAGCGAGUCUACGAGUCGUUUGUGCGCAAGGCAGCGGAGAGCCGUGGUCGCCAACAUCACGAGUUCGAUCGCUACGCACAAGGACGUGUCUGGUCGGGUACGCAAGCGCUCGCCGUGGGGCUCGUCGAUGCACUCGGCGGCUUUGAUCGCGCUGUCGAGCUGUGUCGGGAACGUCUUGAACUAGCCGCAGAUCGACCGCUGCGUUUCAUGGAGGUGCGUCCACGAUCGACAGGGCUUCUUGCGAGCCUCCUAGAGAAUAUGGGGGCGCUCCUGCUUGAAACGGGGUUUGGAUCCCUGCUCCAAUCGUUGGGUGCAAAUCAGAUUGCGGAAGCGCGUCUUGAAACGGCGUUGCCGGAUGCAUCGACGCCCCGGGUGGACAGCGUUCUCGCUGCUCUUUUACGAUUCCUGAAUCGCAUGGAGUAG